GGAAAAGGCCAGCAAACGAGGCUCACACCCAACUAACUCUGUCUCAAAUCUCUGACCUCAGAACAUGCACCAAUACCUCACCAUCAAUAAAUACCCUCCUCCACCACUGCCCCUCACAACCAUAGUAACCUCCCUACAAAUAGCCUCCAGUUCAAGGAAUCAAGGCACAUAGAAAGCAGUAGCAGCAAACAAGCAAGCAAGCAAUGGAGAUAGAAUCGGUCAAGUGCGAGUGCUGUGGCCUGAAGGAGGACUGCACCCCGCACUACAUUGCCAGCGUGAGAUCAGGCUUCCAUGGCCAAUGGUUGUGUGGGCUGUGCUGUGAGGCGGUCAGAGAUGAAGCAUGCAGGAGGAAGGCUCACCAUGGAGUAGAGGAGGCUGUGAGGGCUCACAUGGCGUUCUGCAACAUGUUCAAGUUGAACCCCGCCGUCCGCGUGGCCGACGGCAUGCGCCAGAUGCUCCGGAGGCGGUCCGGUGAUAUGUCAAAGCCAGAAUCGGCCAAGAAGUACGAAUCAUCAGUGACACUGUAUUGAAGAGUUCAUCCAUCCUAAGGCCUGUAGACCGUCUAGCCCUCUUCUCAGGCUGAAAUACCUUCCACCUUUUGUCAGUUUGCUGUAUGUUCUUCUUAUCAUGCCUAUGCCUUCUUGGAAUGUACAUACGAUUCAUGCAAACAGAUGCUAGUACUGUAUGGCUUUUUGAUGAUAUGGUCUUCUUUCUGUGCUCACAACACAAUCAUUGAGCUGAUAAGAUAUGCUUAGAUCA